GGCGGGGAAGAAGCGGAAAGCCGACCGGGAGGAGAAAGAAGCCCGCCCCCGGAAGUCUCGCCUGUCUCUGCUGCCUGUUUCCGGAAGUGCUGCUGAUUGUCGCGGACGCGAUGGCUUCAAGGUUACUUCGCGGAGCUGGAGGGCUGGCCGCGCAGGCCUUGAGGGCUUGCGGUCCCAAUGGUGCGGCCGCAGUGCGCUCCAUGGGCUCUCGAGGUGGUAUUCCUAGUGAUGACGACCAGGCGACUGGGUUGGAGAGGGAGAUCAUGUUGGCUGCAAGAAAGGGACUGGACCCAUACAAUAUACUGCCCCCAAAGGGAGCUUCAGGCACUAAGGAAGACCCUAAUUUAGUCCCUUCUGUCAGCAACAAGAGAAUAGUGGGCUGUAUCUGUGAAGAGGACAACAGUACCAUCAUCUGGUUUUGGUUGCACAAAGGCGAGGCCCAGCGAUGCCCUAGCUGUGGAGCCUAUUACAAGCUGGUGCCCCACGAGCUGGCACACUGAGCGCCUGCACUGAGUUACUCAAAAUAUGAUAUAAAACUUCUUUCCAAUAAAGACUAGCCAUUGCAUUGGCUUCUUCUCCCAUA